AUGGAACCCGAGAACAAAAAUGGUUUCAUGAAAUCCGAUAAUGAGAUAGUUUCAGACAAUAUCAACGUUGUGGAUAACGACACCUUGGGAGGAGAUGGAGAGAUUGUGCACGAGGUGGGUAUGAUAUUUAAAGAUGAAAAGGAGUUGUUUGAUUUCUACAAGCAAUAUGCAUAUGUAGUUUGUUUUCCAGUCAGAAAAAGAAAUUUGAAAAAGGGGGAUGACGGAGUUGUUAGAUUUGUGACAUUUACAUGUAGUCGUGAAGGCCGAAGGUCUAGUAAUACAAACAGUGCUUUGAGGCCACAACCAACAAGUCAGACAGAUUGUAAAGCACGGAUAUCUGCAUCUGCAGACUGUCAUGACACAUGGAGAAUUAACACCGUCAACCUCCAGCACAACCAUAAGACAAGUCUUUCGAAGUCUAGGUUGUUUCGGUGCAAUCAGGAAUUAAGUACAAAUGUAAAACGAAAGCUUGAAUUGAAUGACAUAGCGGGAAUUUCACUGCACAAAAGUUUCAACUCUGCAGUUGUAGAGGCAGGUGGGUAUGAGAAUAUGACUUGCGUUGAAAAAGAUUAUCGAAAUUAUAUUGAACAAGUUAGACGGUUACGACUUCGAGAGGGAGAUGCAGCAGCAUUACAAUCUUACUUUUCACAGAUGCAAACAUGGUGCUUAAGGUUUUACUUCGCUAUCGAUUUGGAUGACAAGUCUCGGCUUAAGAACGUAUUUUGGACGGAUAAUAGAUGUAGGCAAGCUUACAAGGAGUUCGGUGAUGUUGUAACCUUUGAUACCACUUAUUUGACGAAUAAGUACGACAUACCUUUUGCACAUUUUGUUGGUCUGAAUCAUCACGGACAAUCAACACUGCUUGGUUGUGGCUUGUUAUCAAAUGAGAAUACAAGUACGUUUGUCUGGCUGUUUAGGACGUGGCUUCAGUGCAUGCAUGAUCAACCUCCAUGUGGAAUAAUUACUGGUCAAGAUAAAGCCAUGCAGAAUGCAAUUGAGAUUGUAUUUCUGAAUACUAGACAUAGAUGGUGUUUGUGGCACAUUAUGAAGAAAUUGCCAGAGAAGUUUGGGUACCACAUUGAUAAAAGUUUGAUAUUCUCGACUAUACAUGGUUUGGCAUACGACUCGCGGGCUGUUGAUGAAUUCGAAAAAGGUUGGAGAGCCAUGAUCGAUGAGUUUGGGUUGCAUGACAAUGAUUGGUUGUCUAGAUUGUACAAAAAUCGAGGUCGUUGGGUGCCUUUCUUUUUGAAAACAACUUUCUGGGCCAGGAUGUCUACAAUACAACGAAGUGAAAGUAUGAAUACAUUUUUCGAUGGAUACGUCCAUUUGAAGACCUCUUUAAAGCAGUUUGUUGAACAAUACGAACGAGCACUAAGGAAUAAGGUUGAAAAAGAGUUCUAG